AUGACCCAACCAAUCCUCAUUCUAAACAUCACAGCUUUUUCAAGCAUGGUUGAACCUACUGGUGAUAACGAAAAAACUACUACCCGAGUGAAUGAUUGGUUUAAUAAGCCUCACCUGAAUGAACUGACAACUUUCUAUAAAUAUCACCCACAUCAGCCUGAAACACGUCACUUUAAUUCAAAAAUGGUAUAUUAUCGUCCUGAAGAUGGUAUGCAGCGUAUGUUUCUUUCAUUUUCAGAAGAAGAAGAGUGCCUGUUUUGCAGUGUUUGUUUGGCACAUGGAAAUGAGAAGCAGAAACCAAGUUUGUUUGUAACAGGUUUUAACAGUUGGACUCAUAUUCAUCAACGUAUUGUGAAACACGAAUCGUCAAAGAGACACCAAGAAUGUGUCGAGGCUUAUCUACAUUUCUCUGCUGAUCGAACCAUUCUAGAUAUGGUACAAGGUCAGCAAUAUAGUCUACGAAAACAGCAAGUUUUACAUCGUAGAUUGAUUGUGGACAGAGUAGUGUCAAUUGUCAAAGUGAUUGGUAAACGCGGUUUGCCAUAUCGAGGUAAGGCUGGUUGCAAAGCCGUCAAUGUUUUGGCUAACGAAAGAGUGGAUCAUGGAACAUUUCUUGAAAUCGUGAUUCUUGUUGCAAAGUACGAUGAAAUUCUAAAAGCGCAUUUGAAGGAAAUUAUCGACAAAAGCAUGCUGAAUGAUAAACAAGAUAUGAGGAAUAGAGCUAACAGAAAUACUUUCAUUUCCAAAUCCACUGUAAACCAAAUUAUAUUAGGAAUCGCUAAAUUAAUGAAAAGUGCCAUUGCUGAAGAAGUACAACAAGUGGGAAUAUUCUCAGUGCAAUUUGACACAACUUAA